CCUGUUUGGAACUGUUCAGGAAAAAGAAAUAAUGGCGACGCUUCUGGGGUCCGAGUCCCCUUGGACUGGAGGAAAACGAAGCAGUCGCAAUGACAAUAUCAUUGCGAAGAUCACACACAGUCAGAUCGCAGGCCAGGGUUUCAGCCGAGGGACACAGCUCCCAGAGGCGCUGCUCCAGGAGAGAGAUAAGAGGGCCAAAUGGCAUGGCAUCCCUGAGCUGCUGCAGAAGCUCCAUGAGAGCAGCCAUCCUAACAGUGACCUCUCCCAAACACACAGUGUACUAAAGGAACUAUCAUCCCUACUUUCCAUGGAGGCAAUGUCUUUUGUCACAGAAGACAGGAAGAGUGCUCAAGAAUCCACCUUUCCCAACACAUACACCUUUGACCUCUUUGGUGGAGUAGAUCUGCUUGUAGAGAUCUUGAUGAGGCCUACACUCACUAUGCAGAAGAAGAAACCUAAAAUGAAUGAUGACUUGGUCAAGGACUGCCUUAGUGUUCUUUACAACUGCUGCAUAUGUACGGAAGGGGUAACAAAGAGCCUUGCAGCCAGAGAUGACUUUGUCCUGUUUCUCUUCACCUUGAUGACGAACAAGAAGACGUUUCUACAGACUGCCACUUUAAUCGAGGAUAUUCUUGGCGUCAAGAAGGACAUGAUCCAGUUGGAGGGGAUUCCUAACCUGUCUGGUCUGGUCCAGAGCUUCGACCAGCAGCAGCUGGCUAACUUCUGUCGCAUCCUCUCUGUCACCAUCUCAGAACCCGACGUGGGAAAUGACGACAAACACACCUUGCUUGCCAAGAAUGCACAGCAGAAACGCAACGCAAGCCCCUCACGUGCAGAGGUCAAUCAAGUGACCCUCCUGAACAUCCCGGGCUUCAUCGAGCGCCUGUGUAAACUGGCCACCAGGAAGGUGUCUGAGGCCACCGGGGCGUCUAACUUCCUGCAGGAGCUGGAGGACUGGUACACGUGGCUGGACAACGCCUUGGUGCUGGACGCCCUCAUGCAGAUGGCCACGGAGGAGGCUGAGCACAGCAGUACAGAGUCAUCAGAUGAGAGUUCGAUGGCCACCAGCCCUCUGAGGCACCGUUUGCCCCAGUCCAUGAAGAUUGUCCAUGAGAUCAUGUACAAGGUGGAGGUGCUCUAUGUGCUCUGUGUGCUGCUAAUGGGCCGUCAGAGGAACCAGGUACACAAGAUGUUAGCAGAGUUCCGUCUGAUCCCAGGCCUCAACAACCUGUUUGACAAGCUGAUCUGGAGGAAGCACACCUCGUCCGAUCACGUGGUGCAUGGCCAGAACGAGAACUGUGACUGCAGUCCGGAAAUAUCAUUCAAAAUCCAGUUUCUGAGGCUUCUCCAGAGCUUCAGUGACCACCAUGAGAACAAGUACCUGCUUCUGAACAGUCAGGAGCUGAACGAGUUGAGUGCCAUUUCUCUGAAGGCCAACAUACCGGAGGUGGAGGCCUUAGUCAAUACAGACAGGAGUCUAGUGUGUGAUGGGAAGAAGGGUCUCCUCACACGUCUGCUCGCCGUCAUGAAGAGGGAACCUCCAGACUCCUCCUUCAGGUUCUGGCAGGCCAGGGCAGUGGAGAGUUUCCUCCGUGGAGCCACCUCCUAUGCGGACCAGAUGUUUCUGCUGAAGAGGGGGCUACUAGAACACAUCCUGUUCUGCAUCAUAGACAGCGGCUGUAAGUCGAGAGACGUCCUGCAGAGCUACUUUGACCUGCUGGGGGAACUCAUGAAGUUCAACAUCGACGCCUUCAAGAGGUUCAACAAAUACGUCAGCACAGACGACAAGUUCCAGACCUUCAUGACCCAGAUCAACAGUUCCCUGGUGGACUCCAACAUGCUGGUGCGCUGCAUCGUCCUUUCCCUCGACCGCUUCGAGAGCCAGACAGAGGACGUGAAAGUGGUGGAGGUGCUGUCUGAAUGCUGUCUGCUGUCCUACAUGGCCCGGGUGGAGAACAGGCUAUCCUUCCUCUUCAGGCUGGUCAACAUCAUCAACGUGCAGACUCUCACACAGGAGAAUGUGAGCUGUCUGAACACCAGCCUGGUGGUCCUGAUGCUAGCCAGGAGGCGGGGCAAGCUGCCCUUCUACCUCAACACAUUGAGAGAGAAGGAGUAUGCAGAGAAAUACCCCGGCUGCCUGCUAAACAACUUCCACAACCUUCUGCGCUUCUGGCAACGCCACUACCUCAACAAGGACAAGGACAGCACCUGUCUGGAGAACAGCUCCUGCAUCCCCUUUGACUACUGGAAGGAGACCGUGUCAGUGCUGCUGGGCUCAGACAGGACUUCUCUGUGUGCCAUAGCCAGCUACAUAGACGAGCCCUUCAUGGACCUGGACAGGGACCUGCUGGAGGAUUAACCCAUACAGGAGGGCUUGGCUGGGCUGGUGGAGGGGUAGGGGGUCGCUGGGGUAUGGACACCUAUCAGGAGUGAUGACCAUGCCAGAAAGACAGAGCUGGGCUGUAACUAUGGCUGGACACAGGGACUCGUCGCUAUGCUGUCUGUAGCUAGGCCAGGAGGCUGUUACUAAAGAGGGGAGGGGAGGGGGGGGGACACUCUACAAUCCUGGCCAUCUUCACUCCUCACUCCUUUUCUCUUCAGAGGAGAAGGGGCGAGAGUGCACCUGUUUGUCUGUCCAGCCCAGACCCUACAGUAGAGAGAUAUACAUUUAUUGGACCUUGAAAUACUCCUAUGUUGGUGGUUUGCUUUAGGUGAAAUCAAAUAGCCUUUUUAUAUAUUACAUAAAUAUAUGGAAAAAUCUAUACGUACGAUGCAACAAAUUAGAUGGAUGGAUCUAUCCAUCUAUCACAGAAAAUGAUUUGUUUUCACCGUGGGGGGCUUGUCAUAGGAGGGGAGGCCCAGAGUAUGUGUCUAAAGACUAGUCCCCCUGUGUCUCUUCUAGCCCACAUGGCUCUCUUAGAGAUGGGAAGUGUUGACUCCAUGUCUGGGAGCCUAAGAGGGCUGCACAUGACUGGAUGCAGAGAUGGCAUCAGUCUUGUCCAGUGGUCUUUUGAAUGAACAGCUUCGUCUCUGAUCUAUAUGUGUAUGUAGGCCUCUCUCUUAGGUGAAUCUAGUCGACUGAUACUUUGUAGCUUUACUCAGCCCGUCCAGGUAGCUUGUGGAUCUGUUGAUGGUUUACAUUCUAUGGGGUCCUGUGGUGGAUGAGAUGGGGCUUUGGACGGGACUCCCACUCACCUGAUGCCACAACCCCUUCAUGACUUCACUCAGAGACAAGGAAACAUUUUCCUUUCUGGUUUUGUUUUCAUCUUGUUAAGAGAAUAGCUUUUAGAUCUAAAUAAAGUGUAGAUAAAAGGAAGAUAAAAGGAAGAUAAAACAUUGCAUUGUUUGAAUUGUUAUUUUGAUGAGACGUUGUUUUUAUUUUGUAUCCAUCAAGUGAAAGGAGGUUUGGUAGAAGAAUAAACUAUGCAGGUUCUAGUA